CGCAUUAACCCGUAACAUCAGAUCCAAUCAUGUUCGCAGCAGCAGCAUCGGCAGCUAAGGCCCCCGCGGCCCAGGUCGCGCGUGGGUUCACCUCCAGCGCUUCCCGCAUGUCUGGCCGCAAGUUCUUCGUCGGCGGGAACUGGAAGUGCAACGGAUCCGUCUCGAAGGUUGACGAGCUCGUGGGCGUGCUCAACGCCUCCAACAUCACUUCCAACACGGAGGUGGUUGUGGCCCCUCCCUCCGUCUACCUCCACGGCGUCUCUCAGAAGCUCCGCGGUGACGUCAAGGUGUCCGCGCAAGACUGCUGGACCGGCGGCAAUGGCGCCUACACGGGGGAGACCUCUGCCGACAUGCUCAAGGACAUGGGCGUCGGAUGGUGCAUCAUCGGACACUCGGAGCGAAGGCAGAAGGGCGAGACGAACGAGGAGUGUGCCGUGAAGGCUGCCUACGCUCAGGAGCACGGCCUCUCCGUGAUGGGGUGCAUCGGAGAGAGCAAGGAGGAGAGGGAGUCGGGGUCGACGAUGGACGUUGUGAUCGGGCAGCUGAAGGCGUACGCCGCCUCAGUGAAGGACUGGGACAAGUUCGUCAUCGCCUACGAGCCCGUCUGGGCCAUCGGCACCGGCCUCACCGCCUCGCCCGAGCAAGCUCAGGAGGUGCACGAGGGGCUCCGCAAGUGGGUCGCCGAGAACGUCUCCGCCUCUGUGGCUGACAAGGUGCGAAUCAUCUACGGCGGCAGCGUGAACGCUGGAUCCGCACCCACCCUCGGGUCCAAGCCCGACAUCGACGGCUUCCUCGUCGGUGGAGCUAGCCUCAAGCCUGAGUUCGUGGAGAUCGUGAACGCUAAGGACGGCUCGAAGUCGGUGGGCCCGGUGUCCGUCGGCAUCAACGGCUUCGGCCGCAUCGGCCGUCUGGUCCUCCGCGCCUCCCUCAAGAACCCCAUGGUGAACGUUGUCUCCAUCAACGACCCCUUCAUCGACACCACCUACAUGGAGUACAUGUUCAAGUACGACACGGUGCACGGCGUGUACGACGGAGAGGUGACCCACGACGGGGAGCACCUUAUCGUAGACGGCACCAAGAUCAAGGUGUUCGGCGAGAUGGACCCCGCUAACAUCAAGUGGGGCGACGCGGGCGCGGACUACGUCGUGGAGUCCACUGGCGCCUUCACCGGCAUCGACACCGCCGGAAAGCACAUGUCGGGCGGCGCGAAGAAGGUGGUCAUCUCGGCACCCUCGGGCGACGCCCCGAUGUUCGUGAUGGGCGUCAACCACGAGAAGUACACUCCGGACAUGACCGUCGUGUCCAACGCCUCGUGCACCACCAACUGUCUCGCUCCCGUCGCCAAGGUGAUCAACGACACCUUCGGGCUGAAGGAGGGUCUCAUGACCACCGUUCACGCCGUAACCGCCACCCAGAAGACCGUAGACGGACCGUCCAAGAAGGACUGGCGCGGCGGCCGCGGUGCCGGGUUCAACAUCAUCCCUUCCUCCACCGGUGCCGCCAAGGCUGUCGGCAAGGUCAUCCCCGAGCUUAACGGUAAGCUGACCGGUAUGAGCUUCCGAGUACCCACCGCCGAUGUGUCGGUCGUCGACCUUACGUGCCGCCUGGACAAGGCCGCGAGCUACGACGACAUCAAGGGCGCCAUUAGGGAGGCAUCCGAGGGUUCGAUGGCGGGUGUGCUCGGCUACACGGAAGAACAGGUGGUGUCGUCGGACUUCCUGUCCAACCCCUACAGCUCCGUCUUCGACGCUGGCGCGGGAAUCGCUCUCAGCGACGACUUCGUCAAGGUGGUUUCGUGGUACGACAACGAAAUGGGUUACUCCACCCGCGUCGUAGAUUUGAUCGCUCACAUGGCCAAGGAGGACUCGUAAGCUUUCCUCAGGGAGUGAAGGAAGCCGAGGCGUCUGUUCAUCAUGCCCCUUUAGUUUUGGUAACUGUUGUGGCGGUACUCUUUACUGUUGCCACGCAGACGUUUUGGAUAAUAUACUUUUUUUCUUGGCACAGGUACAAUACGAAGAGCCGCGUUGCUGACGUGCUCAACAUUUUCAGCGA